AUGUGGAAAGGAGAUGUGAUUCAUCCUCAUGCCACCGAGCUGCCGGGUCCUGCCCCGCACACAGGAGCCACCCGUGCCUGGGGAGACAGCUGGCUCCUUGCUGCCGCUUUUAGUAUCAGGGUGUUCGACGCUGGGGAGGUGUUUGGGAUAAUGCAAGUGGAGGAGGCGGGCGAGGAGGAGGAGGAGGAGGCCGCGGCACAGGAGGCGAGGAAGAAGCAGCCCAACCCGGGCCGUGAGCUGUGCUACAAGGUCAUCGUAACCAGGGAGAGCGGGCUCCAGGCGGCCGACCCCAACAGCAUCUUCCUCAUUGACCACGCCUGGACGUGCCGCGUGGAGCACGCCCGCCGCCAACUGCAGCAGGUGCCGGGGCUGCUGCACCGCAUGGCCAACCUAAUGGGCGUCGAGUUCCACGGCGAGCUGCCCAGCGAGGACGCGGUGGCCCUGGUGCUGGAGGAGAUGUGGAAGUUCAACCAGACCUACCAGCUGGCCCAGGGGACAGCCGAGGAGAAGGUGCCCGUGUGGUACAUCAUGGAUGAAUUCGGCUCCCGGAUCCAGCACGCGGACGUGCCCAGCUUCGCCACCGCGCCCUUCUUCUACAUGCCGCAGCAGGUGGCCUACACGCUGCUGUGGCCCCUGAGGGACCUGGACGCGGGUGAGGAGGUGACCCGGGACUUUGCCUACGGAGAGGCAGACCCUCUGAUCAGGAGGUGCGUGCUGCUGCCCUGGGCCCCCGCCGACAUGCAGGACCUCAGCUCCGCCACGCCCGAGCCGCCCGCUGAGCACUACCAGGCCAUUCUGGAGGAGAACAAGGAGAAGCUGCCGCUUGCCAUCAGCCCAGCGGUGCCGCGUCCCCACGACCACGUCUUCAGGGUCUACACGGACAUGCAGCAGGUGCUCAGGGCCCUCACCCACCCGCGCUUCACCUUCACCCAGAGCGAGGCGGACGCCGACAUCCUCUUCAACUUCUCCCACUUCAAGGACUACAGGAGGCUCAGCGAGGAGCGGCCGGGCGUGCUGCUGAACCAGUUCCCCUGCGAGAGCCUGCUGACCGUGAAGGACUGCCUGGCCUCCAUCGCGCGCCGGGCCGGGGGCCCCGAGGGUCCCCCCUGGCUGCCCCGAACCUUCAACCUGCGCACUGAGCUGCCCCAGUUUAUCAGCUACUUCCAGCAGCGGGAGCGGCGGGGUGAGGACAACCACUGGAUCUGCAAGCCCUGGAACCUGGCCCGCAGCCUGGACACGCACAUCACCAAGAGCCUCCACAGCAUCGUCCGGCACCGAGAGAGCACCCCCAAGGUUGUGUCCAAGUACAUUGAAAGUCCCGUCUUGUUCCUCCGAGAUGACGUGGGCAAGGUCAAGUUCGACAUCCGCUACAUUGUGCUGCUGCGGUCGGUGAAGCCCCUGACCUUGUUCGUGUACGACGUGUUCUGGCUGCGCUUCUCCAACCGGCCCUUCGAGCUCAAUGACCUGGACGACUACGAGAAGCAUUUCACGGUCAUGAACUACGACCCGGACGUGGUGCUUAAGCAGGUGCAUCAUGAUGCGUUUAUCCCGGAGUUUGAGAAGCAAUACCCAGAAUUUCCCUGGAGCGGCGUCCAGGCGGACAUCUUCCAGGCCUUCACGGAACUGUUCCAGGUGGCCUGUGCCAAGCCACCACCCCUGGGCCUGUGUGACUACCCCUCGUCCCGGGCCAUGUAUGCCGUUGACCUCAUGCUGAAGUGGGACGACCAUCCAAAUGGGCGGCGAGUGAUGCAGCCGCAGAUCCUGGAGGUGAACUUCAACCCGGACUGCGAGCGAGCCUGCCGGUAUCACCCCACCUUCUUCAACGACGUCUUCAGCACCUUGUUUCUGGACCAGCCUGGCGACUGCCACGUCACCCGCCUCGUCUAGGCACUUGCUGUCCCUUUAACCCGUGCUGGGGGUGGCAUGCCCACCUCGGGUCUCUGAGCUGCUUCUGAAAGGCCCCGCCCGCCCUUCCCCCUCCUCCCUCCCUCCCUCAGGCCCAGCCUUGGUCCUGGCCUCACCCCAGGAGCUCAGGGUCCUUCUCCCACCAGAGGGCUGGAGCAGGACGGCAGUGGAGUCCCCGGGGCUCCCCUCACCACCACCUGGUAGUGUCCGCCGCUGCCAGGGCCUCCUCCCCGGGCGCUGAGCGAUGCCCAGGGUGCUGUUUCCAGGGGGCAUGGAGGCAGGGCUCCGGGCAGGAGCUCUCGAGUCAGGGCAGCGCUGGGGACCCUGUGUCACACGGGCCGGGCGGGUCUCUGUCCCAGAGUCUCUGCCCUCACGCACCAUGGCUCCCCUGUGCAGGUGUCGGCCUCAGGCGCUGCCUGCAGGGCUCUGUGACAGGUGGCCCGGAACAGCCUGGGGGAGCUGCACCUGCCUUACCACCUCCCCCAGCUGCCCAGAACCUUCACCGGCAGACCUCGCCUGCGUUCCAGGCAGGAGGGCAACUGUCUUCUGUUACUGUUCCUUUUCCAGACAUCACGGGUCCCAGACCCCAACAGGGAAGUCGGCCUGUAGAGUCCCCUUGUCCCAGUGGCCUCUGUGCUCAGUGGGUGCCCCGCUGGGUCCAACUUAGUCUGAUUGCAGCUGGGACCCUCUGGCAAGGGCUCUCAGGGCAGGUGUGGGGGCCAGAGCACAAGGCGGGCGGCGAGUGGAAGAUGAUUCCAAGGAGAACUUUACGUUAAAGUCAGGUGCCAUCUUCUACCAGCGCCUGCAGUCGUGAUGUUGGCUUUUUGUUGUUUUUUAACUUAUGGGAGGAAAAUACAAAAUUCUAGUUCUUUCCUAAUUUUGUUUCCAAAAUCUAGAGUCAGCUGCUGGUGUUUUUUGUAGCUGCAGCACCUGGGCCGGGCUCACGGCAGCGGGCGGGGCUGGCGCCCUGGGCAGGUGGGAGCUGCUUCCGGGGCCUUCAGGUGUGCAGGAAGGCGGGGCUGGGCAUGGUGGCGUUUCAUUUCUGAAGCUAAAAGUGAUCCCUGUAGCAAAACUGCGCACAGGUAUUCCGCCUGCCCCCUUGGUGUUAGGGGCGCCUCGCCCUCCCCCGCAGGACCGCAGCUGGAGGGCAGCGCCCGCCUGUUUCCCUGGGAGCACUGCUGCGCUGCGGUCCCUUCCGCUGGAUUGUGUGCUGCAAUAAAGGACGCCUUCUCCCA